AUGUGCCGUCUGGUCAUUUUCAGCGGCACUUGCACCACGUGCGGCGAAGAACAAAUAUGGGAGGAUCUCACACAACAGCUGUCAUGUCUUGAGGCGAAAAACAACGGAAUCUUUGGAGAUUGCUCCAAAGGGGUUUAUCAAGAGCAACACCACUUCGACCAGGAGUGUGACCAGUGCAGCGAGGAGGACGAAGGAAUUGGUGAU